UUGGGAGGGGGGUUGGGGGUCAGGGAGUGGGGUAAAUGGGGCUGGGCGUCAGUGUGGGGCUGGAGUGUGGGGCUGAAGGACCCCAAAACGGCACUAUUGGACCCCCAGUCAAGAAUGUCUCAGACCCCAAAUCCCCACUUUUUGCCCCAAAAGCACCACGGACACCCCGGCCCCACACAUCGGGGGUCUGUGUGCGGGGCUGUGGGGCACUGAUGGAUUUUGCCCCCCAGAUCGACCGCUUCCUGCCCGUGGGGAGGCUCAAGUACUACUUUGCAGUGGACACGGUGUACGUGGGCAGGAAACUGGGGCUGCUCUUCUUCCCCUUCCUGCAUCAGGACUGGCAGGUUCACUACCAGCAGGACGGUCCGGUUGCUCCCCGUUUCGACGUCAACGCUCCCGACCUCUACAUCCCAGCCAUGGCAUUCAUCACAUACCUGCUGGUGGCCGGGCUGGCGCUGGGCACCCAGAACAGAUUCUCCCCUGACAGCCUGGGGCUGCAGGCGAGCUCAGCUCUGGCCUGGCUGCUGCUGGAGGUGCUGGCGGUGCUGCUCAGCCUCUACCUGUUCUCACUGCCCACCGACCUGACAACCCCCGACCUGUUGGCCUUCGCCGGAUACAAAUAUGUGGGGAUGAUCGCGGCGCUGCUGGCUGGGCUGAUGUUUGGGAGCACGGGGUACCACGCUGUGCUGGGUUGGUGCUGCCUCAGCAUCUUCAUCUUCAUGGUGAGAGAACGACCCCCUCCUCUUCCUCCUCUUCCUCUUCCUCCUCCUCCUGAUGGGGGUUGGAUUCACCCCAAAAAUAACGAGAAAUUUGGGUGUAGCGCCCCGAAAUGCUGCGAUUUGGGUGUAACAACCACAGGUUUGUGCUUGAAGUUCCCAUUUUAACACCUCAAAUUGCUGGGAUUUGGGUGCAGAGCCACAAAACUCAGUGGGUUGUACUGAAAACCCCACAUUCCAACACCCUAAAGUCCUGUAGUAUGGGUGUAAUACCCCACAACUCAGUGGGUUGUUCUGAAAACCCCAUAUUUCAUCACCCCAAAAUGCUGUGAUUUGGCUGGAACAACCCCAAAAAGCUGCAGCUUGUGCUUGAAGUUCCCACUUUAACACCCCCAAAUUGCUGGGAUUUGGGUUCAGAGCCCCAAAACUCAGUGGGUUGUACUGAAAACCCCACAUCCCAACACCCCAAAAUGCUGCAGUUUGGGUGUAACAACCCCAAAAUGCUGUGAUUUGGGUGUAAGAACCCCAAAAAGCUGCAGCUCGUGCUUGAAGUUUCCAUUUUAACCACCCAAAUUGCUGGGAUUUGGGUGCAGAGCCCCAAAACUCAGUGGGUUGUACUGAAAACCCCACAUCCCAACACCCCAAAAUGCUGGGAUUUGGGUGAAACAACCCCAAAAAGCUGCAGUUUGGGUGAAACAACCCCAAAAGCUGCAGUUUGGGUGUAAAAACCCCAAAAAGCUGCAGUUUAUGCUUGAAGUUCCCACUUUACCCCCCCCAA